GAGAGGGAGAGAGGGAGGGAGUCUUCCCAGUCAGUCUGAAUCUCUCUCAGCCUACACAAUCUCCCGGCAACCUUGGGCUCAGUAAUGUUGGAUACGCUGCGAGGGUAAGCUUUACCUUCCACACAAGCUCUGCUAUCACCUGCUCGAGGACACACACAGCGCACAUCCGUGAUAUUAGCAAUGGCAGUCAAGCAGGACCAUGGCAGGAGGCUCCACCAGGAUCCAUGAGAACCUGCGAGACGAGAAAACACAAGAACUCCGGGGAAGAAGUGAAGCCAUUAUGGAGGAGGCUGACCUGCUGAAGGAGAGGCUCCAGGCUAUCACGGACAAACGAAGAAUCCAGGAGAGCAUCGCCAUGAAGAGGAGACAGAUCGAAGAGGAGAAAUUAAAACUCCAGUACAUAAAGAAGAAAGCCCUGAGGGAGCAGUGGCUGAUGGAUGGUCUGAGUCAGCAGUCGGAGGAGGAACAGGAGGCCAUGAGGCUUCAGGCUCAGGAUGAACAGCAGCAGAGCGAUCAGCUCCAGAGCAACAUCUUCAGAAUAGAGAAGGAGAUUGAGGCCUUGGAAACACAGGAGCUCAACAUCUCUGCCAACGAAGAAGUCGUUCUGAAGCGAUUAAAAGAGGUUGAGAGGACAGCUGAAGACAUUAUUAAGGAGCUAAACGCAGAGUUCCACGCAGAUUUGACACAUCAUGUCAACUCGCCCCUCCCAGAUAUCCCAUCAUUCAUCCCACUGAUAGCAGCGAAAACCCCUCCUAUACAUGAGCCUGGUGGUGAAAAACCAAAGAAAGCUACGUUUGCAAUGGAGAUUAGUGUUGAACUGGAUAAGAGAACAGGCAAAAGUCAGGUAGUCUCUAUAGCAACCAUCACCCCAGAAACCAUCCAGGACAGAGGGUUGAAGGUGUACGAUGAUGGGCGCAAGUCUGUAUAUGCGCUGCAUCCAGAUGGAUGCAAAAUGCUCAGUGGGGCAGUUGGAGAGAUGACGCCCACAGAGGUAGAAGAGCUGCUGCAUCAGGCCACAGAGAAGAACGUGCCCACAGGGGUGCAGUACCAUCAGCCAGUCUACUCUGUACCCUACACAGGGAGCAGCAGGCCUUCAACACCCAGGGCACCAAAUAAAACACAGAGGCUAACCCCAACACGCAGCCCCAGCCCCUUCCAGAGUGCAAUUUCAUCAAGAAAUGGAGCUCAAAUCCACAGAGAGGAAAACCAAAGAAGCCAAGACCUGGAGGGACAAAAAACACCCAGCCCUAGCCACAUCCAACAGGACUCCAUGACAAAAGUCCAAAGACAUGAAGAAAUCAAGCAGCCCUUCUUCCACAUUCCAGGACAACCCAACAGUGACAGACAUCAAAUUCCACAGCCUCACUUUGGUGCUAAAACUCCACGAGGACUUACCAGCAGCAAGUGGGAAGCAAGCAGUCCAAACUCAGCAGCACUUGUCUCAGUCAAAGCCAGGUCCGAAGGAAUGCCAGCACCCAUGCAGCCGGUCUACAGGGAUGUGGAUAGUCCUUCACUGGCCAGCCACAAGUCCGAAGUUGAUCAAUAUGGCUUGAUAGAGAGCUCCAGUGAUUUUAACAGACACUCGCCUUUCUGCACAGAGAGUAUCGCGUCUCUGAACCUGGUCAACACCCUCCCACAGGAGCUGGAAUCAGAACCCAUCACCAUGAUCUUCAUGGGCUUUGAGAAUGCUGAGGAUGCGGAGGAAGAAGACAUCCAGGCUGAGCUGGUGAUCAUAAGCAACAGUGAUGAUGAUGAGGCCCAGUAUGAUAAAAAUGAAAACGACGAGCAGGAGUGUCUCUCAUUCCACCCUGAGGGAUACAAGAGCCAAGUCUUCCAACCCAAAGUGGGUGUAGCCAAGGUUACAGGCUGCAGAGACAUUAUUAAAGAUUCCCACACAAACUGGGAUGAUUUAGGGCUCCACACGCCAACGUUCAUCCACAAGCCAGGAAAGCACAGUCCCUACCUGCAUGGACAGGGGGCGGAUGAGUCUGCAAACACCGGCAGCAUUAAUAUGGAGAAGAUGAAGCUCUGUUCAACAGGGAGAUGAGACAGAACUUCACCUGAUCACCUGAAACUGGGUAGAAGUAAUGUACGAAUAGGAUUUUGGUGAUUUGUUCUGUGAAAUUUCUUACUAGUCCUUCACCAUGUAUGUCCAUGGUUUAUAGGUUUGAACAUAUCUUGUGUGUAAAUGCUUAACCUGCUGCCAAUCCAAUCUACAGUGCUUCUCAGCCUUACUCCAGAUGCAUUUUAGGAAGGCAAUAACUUUUCUCAUAGUGACAUUUAUUGCAGAAACCCUUAGCUUGCCGUGUCUGUGUUUUGUCCGGAUUGAGGGACACAGCUGAGCCACAGACAAUCAGUCCCUGCACCUAGGUGAUUCUGAAAGCUUUACUGCCACCUCCUGACAAAAUAGUUCCAUUACACAGUCACAUUAACAUGGACAAUGACAUUGUCAAAGCCUUACCAGUGCAGUUUUAAUGUUAUCUGUGUAAAAUGAAAUACUUUAUAAAUGUUUGUACAAAAUUGCUGUAUUACUGGUAAAUAUAGUCUCUGUUAAUGCUUUGUAGAAACCUUCAGAUAACCUCCUUCAGUAUAAAUGUCUUUGUCUCUUUAAUUCACCAGGUAGACCCUUUGAAAAGGACGCUAUACCACCUACAUUAAUGGAUAAUUGUGGUUGAGGAAACCUUUAUUAAUGCCUUAUUAUCGUACAAAAUGGUAGACCUGAUGGCUUAUUAUAAAGUGAGUAACACAUGACCUUUUAACUAAAUCACUUUCUAACCAGUCACCAAGUCUGAAAUAGUAAAUGUUGGUAAGUUGAUUUUGGUGCGACUGCAACACUUUGACAGAGAUUUGUUACGCUUCACCAUGAUAUAAAGCAGCCCAUGGGAUUUUCAUUAAAGGCACACUAUGCAAGCUUCAAAGUCAUUUCGAUGGUAAACGAACUCGUAGUAUAGCGAAUCAUCCCGAUAGCGAAACAGGAGAGGGACGCCGCUGGCAGAACCAGCAAUGCAAUUCUGAAGGUGGCAUCCUGCCAAAUCUCGCGAGAAUCAAAAAUUGCUUGACGGCGCAACGUCACAUACAUCAGCGACAUAAGAAGCAGCCUCAAUGGAAGACGCUAGCAGACAUUCACUCAGACGUUACCUGGUCAGUAGACAUCUUCGGAGUCUAUCUUUGCCUGUUCGAUGUCCGAGCUUCCAUCCUACUGAACAUGUACCGGUAUACAGGGGGGAGGGGAUCAGGCUGUGAGUGCAGAGACACAGAGCCGUAUAUAGAGACAGCUCUGGUUAGUGGAAUUUACUACAGUUAACGUUAAAUACAAGUACUCCGCAGAGAAUCUAGGGGUAGCUGUUUGACAAAACUGGAAAACUGCAUAGUAUGCCUUUAAUGCUUUGUUGCUGAGCUACACAAUAUGGCCAAAAGUAUGUGGACAAACUUUUUUAAAAUUUUGGUCAAGGUCUGUUUUUUGCAGGUUUAGGCCCUUUAUGUCAUAAGUCAGGAAACUCAGGAGUGGCCUCAAAUGCAAGACAGGAGCAGGAUGACUUCAGUGAUUCAAUGUAUAUUGAACUUACAAGCAGGUGCAGGUACAAGUAGGCAGGUAGAUAAACAGGUAUAAGUCUAGGAAAUGUAUAAGGUGUCCACAUACUUGUUAUACAGUGCAAAAUUAAUUAAUGAAUAAUUAAUUUACCAUUAAUAAAAACAUUUAAUACAACUUAGAAACAUUUAUCAGUUAUGGACUUUUUAAAGUGGUUCCUUUUUUUUUAAAUGUUAAAGGGGAACUUGGCAACUCUAGCCAUUUCUUUGCUGGUUUUCGCUUUUGUCGUCGCAUGUUUUCUCAACGAGCUCCCCCUACAGCUCUGGGACGUAUAUUUCAAAACACUGUCGUAAAAAAAACUCACUUGCGGCACCCUCCUCCCCCUUUCUACCGCUGCUGAUGUGCAUUUGUUGCCGGGCAACUUUUUUGUGUGGAGCAAUGUCUACCGAGAUGGGUAAUACAUUCAUCGUCGCUUGUUCUUAUAGCCGGCGUGGCUAAACGGUAUUGAGGGGGGCGUGUGCGUUUAUGUGGAAUUGCCGCAAAGAAGUUCGUGUUUCUCACUCGUUCUUGCUUCUCACGAUACUUCCUAUUUCCAACUUAACGGGACGGUAGUCCCAAAGUUGCAAGCUUGGUUUUCCACCUGGGGAUGCUAGGGGGAGCAGGGAAAGUCACCAUUAACACCAGAACAGGCCAUUUAACCAUCCAAAUGAUUUCUAAACAGGUUUAUUAAGUUGAAAUAGUUGCCAAAUUCCCCUUUAAAAUGUAAAUGUAAAUCAUGGUUUUGCUUGAAUUUCUACUGUAACUAACUGACCUGUGUGCUGUUACUUCCUUGGUGAUUAAAAGAUUUCCCCAUCAA